AUGAGUUUCCAGAAAAUCUACGACUCACUGCGAGAUCUUUUUCCGAUGGUUGAUGAUCGAGCUCUUAGAGCUGUUGCGAUUGAUCAUAUCAACGAUGUUGAUGCGGCUGUUGAAGCAGUGCUUGAGGAGAUAAUUCCUUUCUUCACUGAAAGAUCUGCACCAACUAAUCCUUUGACUUGGAGUGCUAUUGCGGGCGAAUCAUCAUAUUCAUACGGUAGCUCGUCUGUGAGAACAGAGUUCGAAGAUCAAGCUGAUGAUGAUCAUAAUAGUAUUUUUGUUAGUGGAAAGAAAGAAUCUGCUGAUGUUGGGCUAAGUGAAUCUGUUGGUGAUGCAAGUGCAGGGCAUCUUGAAGUGGAAACUCAUGAUGACAUUCAUUCUCAGGCUGAAUCAGUGGUGGUGGUAGGUGAAACUAGAGAGGGACCUUGUUGUAUUGAAACUUUGGAAGACUCUCAAACAGAGAGAACUAUUACAGCAGAAGAUGAGAGUAGUAAUGCACAGCCGAAGAUGGAUUGCAUUCAGCAAAACAAAGAUGAUGCUGAUGGGAUUGCAUUAGAGGUGGAGGCAUCUGACAUCAAUGGGAGUGAUUUGGAUGAAUAUGAUGAGAAUGAAGAUGAUGAGAAUGAAGAUUACGAGAAUGAAGAUGAUGAGAAUGAAGAUUACGAGAAUGAAGACGAAUAUGAUGAGAAUGAAGACGAAUAUGAUGAGAAUGGAGACGAAUAUGAUGAGAAUGGAGACGAAUAUGAUGAAUAUGAUGAGAAUGAAGAUGAUGAAUAUGAUGAGGAUGAAGAUUACGAGAAUGGAGACGAAUAUGAAUAUGAUGAGAAUGAAGAUGAAUAUGAUGAGAAUGAAGAUGAUGAAUAUGAUGAGAAUGAAGAUGAUGAGAAUGAUUUAAAUGAACCAAAUUUAUCCUCGUCUACUACUGACAGUACUUCCAGUGAGGAACACCUGAUUGUUUUAGAUGAAUCAACCUUGAACUCUUCCAUGUGUAGUCAAAAUGGUACUAAUAUUGAUCACUUGGAGGAAAUCAUUGCAGAUGCAAGAAAUAAUAAGAAAACAUUGUUCAUGGAAAUGGAGUCUGUCAUCAACUUGAUGAAGCAAGUGAAGGUCAAGGAGCAUGCUGCAGAACAGGCCAAAACUGAAGCUGCAAGAGUGGAGAUGGAUUUGCAGAAUGAGAUUAAGGAGCUGAAAAUAACGAUCAAACAUGCGAAGGAGGCAAAUGACAUGCAUGCUGGGGAUGUUUGUGGUGAGAAAGUCAUCUUGACAACAGAGCUGAGAGACCUCCAUUCUCGCUUGGUUUCCCUCAAUGAUGACAGGGAUAAAUCACUUGCAGAUCUUGAUGAGAUACGUCAAUGUUUAGAGGGUCGACUAGCUGCUGCUGAGAAUGAAAUAGAAUCUGCAGUGGUGAAAAAAUUUGAGGAUGAAAAAUGUGGAAAGCUAUCCAUUAUUAAAGGGAAAUUAAUUAUGGAACAAGUGGUACAAGAAUCAAAGAACCUGAGACAACAGGCUGAAGAUAAUGCUAAGUUACAUGCGUUUCUUGUGGAUCGUGGGCAACUGGUAGAUACGUUACAGGGAGAAAUAGCUGUUAUAUGUGAGGAUGUGAAGCAGCUAAAGGAGAAAUUUGACCAGCGUCUUCCGCUUAGCAGAUCACUUUUCUCCACUCAGACGAGCUUCCUCUUAGCUUCUUCGAACUCAUCCUUGAAAAGCUCGGUUCAAGAUCAAGUGGAGGUCGUGGCAGUCAGAGAUGAUGACCGUUUGGAGACUGGAGAUCACAACAAGGUCCCUGAAGACGAAAUAGCUAGUGCAGACCCCAAGGCGCUUGCAGAAGACGACGAUGGAUGGGUACUUUUUGAAAGCCCCAAAGCUAACGCGGGUGUAUCUUCGGAUGAUGAAUUGAGAGAAUAAUGUCCAUUCUCUCUAUAUGUUUUGGUAGAACCUUGGCUCUUUUAAAACCAUAUUUAAAAUCUUUCUAGCUAUCUGAAUGUUAGUACCUUUUAUUUUUGGUUUUGGAUUUUGGAUUUUGGAUUUUUGGUUUCUUACAAAGUGAAUUAUCUCUGCU